AUGGCUGCGCCGCAAGCUCAGGUCCAGCCUUGCCGCUACAAGACGGGUAAGACACUGGGAGCGGGCUCCUACAGCGUCGUCAAGGAGUGCGUGCACAUCGAUACCGGCCGAUAUUAUGCGGCGAAAGUCAUCAACAAGCGCCUCAUGGCGGGGCGGGAACAUAUGGUGCGAAAUGAGAUUGCCGUGCUAAAGAGAGUAUCAAUGGGACACCAGAACAUUCUCACACUGGUGGACUAUUUCGAGACCAUGAACAACCUCUACCUCGUCACCGACCUCGCCCUCGGAGGAGAGCUCUUCGACCGCAUCUGCCGAAAAGGCUCAUACUACGAAUCUGACGCCGCCGAUCUCAUCCGAGCCACACUCUCCGCCGUCGCAUACCUGCAUGACCAUGGCAUCGUACAUCGUGAUCUGAAACCCGAGAAUCUGCUCUUCAGAACGCCCGAAGACAAUGCCGACCUCCUCAUCGCCGACUUUGGCUUAUCUCGCAUCAUGGACGAAGAGCAAUUCCACGUACUCACCACAACUUGUGGCACACCUGGAUACAUGGCGCCGGAGAUCUUCAAGAAGAGUGGACAUGGCAAGCCGGUCGAUGUCUGGGCGAUUGGCGUCAUCACAUACUUCCUCCUCUGCGGUUACACGCCGUUCGAUAGGGAUAGCAAUUUGGAAGAGAUGCAGGCGAUUCUGGUCGCGGACUACAGCUUCACACCACUUGAAUACUGGCGUGGAGUCAGUGUGACGGCGAGACAAUUCAUCAAAGCAUGUCUCACGAUCGAUCCGACCAAGCGCAUGUCCGCACAUGACGCACUGGUACAUCAAUGGAUUGCAGGCCCUGAAAGUGGAAGAGGAGAGCUUGAUCUGCUGCCGACCGUCAAGAAGAACUUCAACGCAAGAAGAACACUUCACAAAGCUAUUGACACUGUACGGGCUAUUAAUCAGCUGCGGGCCGGCGGCAUGGGCAUGAUGGACGGUGCGACAUCGAUGAAUCCGGAGCGGGUGAAGCCAAAGGAUGAAGAUGUUGAUAUGGAGGAUGCUGAUUCCACUCCGGUGGUGCGACCGACAGACUCGAUGGAUCCUAGAGGGAAUGCAAAGGGUCAGACACAGGAGCAGAUGGAGGAGCAACAACGAAGGACACAACAAACGAUCGCUGGGCUCUGGCAGAGCAAAGUUAAAGGGCAGCCGGCUUAG